AUGAGCCACUUUGAGUGGUUUGUCCAGUUCACCUGCCUCCAGCAGAACAUGUCAUGGACAGACCUGGAGUGUGAACGCCAAAGAGAGGAAUCUGAGAUCAUGACAUCUGCUGGUAGCCCUCUGACCACUAAAGAGGCCUGUGCUGCUCUGAUGAGGGCUGCGGCGGUGCUGCACGGUCGUCAGGCGGAAACUUUGAUGGAGUCUGUAUUCAGGAAUAUGAACAGGGGUGACCUAGUAAGAAGACUGUGGCCUGACUCCUCAGGGAUGAACUCGUCUUCAUUUGGGGACGGACUGAAAGUCACAACACUGCGGGACCAUUACCACACCUCCCACCUGGUCUUGUCUAUGGUUCAAACACACGGGAAAGGAUCUGUGGAGCUCACCAAGAACUUACUCGAGUCAAUCGGGAGAAAGGAUCUGCUGCCACAGCUGACCUCUGAAGCACGUGAAUAUUCUAAAGAUCUUUGGUGGUGUUCACUUAUCAACAAAGUGGCGACAGUGUCAGUUGUUACAGAGCUGUUUGGUGAGACGCUGAGUCUGCUGAGACCUGAAGAGCUCCAACAAUUCAAGACACUGCAGACCCUCUUCCAUGUACACCCACAUGUGGACCUGAAAGGAUGA